AUGCUUUCGUGUGUCCGCCGGCCCCGAUGGCUUCUGAAAGUGUCCUUGGGUUCUCCAACGGCCUUGGCCCUGUCGCCUGUUUUUUCUCCGUUCCUCAAACGAUACCUGGAUCUGUUUCUGUUUAGUUUCCGACGUUCUUACUCAGAAGGUGGUAAUGAACCCGUUUCGACCGUUCUUCCAAAACCCCCUUCUCUUUUGCAAUACAGUGAAUCGGAAAAAGAUCCUCUGCCACCUGACAAGAAAGAGCAAGAGAAAUUGAGCAACUUGGGGGCCAUGAUUGACGACCUUCGUGAAUUGGUGCCACAACUUCUAACAGAAUCUUUUCCGAAGGAAAUGGUGCUGUCAGAAGUGCUUCUCCGCAUAUGUCCAUCACAUCGGGACAUACUCAAUUCGUACUUACCAACCAUAAAGGGACGAGUUUCUUAUUACGCUACGUGUAAAGCCUUACAGUUAUUCUUCACCUCGUUGGUGCUCAAUCCGCGAGUGAAACUCCACAUUCAGCUGGUAAGGACCUCUCACUUCCCAGAACCUAAUUGCGUCUUUGCUCACUCCACAAAAGUAUACAUGCGCUGGAACACAUGCUCUGAAGGCUGCAUUCAUCUUCUUGAGCCAAACGAACCUGACCUGGUUCCUUCUGAUACCCUGAACGAAGAUUCGUCCAGUCUGGAUUCAAUGCCCGGUUCAACUUCCAAGGCAACUUUGGGAGCACACCUGUGGGCUAGAAUAGAUCCAGAAAAAUUCUCGGUAUCUCAUGUUCAGGCAAAGUCGCUUUCGGCGUCACUAUCUGAUUUGACAAAAGGCAUUAUUGGCUUAAAGAAAGAAGAUAUUAGACUUGAACGUAUCAUCCUGGGUGUCUUCGUAUUUGAGCUCAACGAAGAUAAUACAGAGAUAGUUGUCCACACUGUGGAGGAUGUCAACAUAGUCGAACGUGAACAAGAAGCACAAGGGAAACUUAGAGUGUGCUAG